AUGUCGGGAAGGGGAAAGGGAGGCAAGGGACUUGGCAAGGGAGGAGCGAAGCGCCACCGUAAGGUCCUCCGUGACAACAUCCAGGGCAUCACAAAGCCGGCAAUUCGACGCCUGGCUCGUAGGGGAGGAGUGAAACGUAUCAGUGGCUUAAUCUACGAGGAAACCCGUGGAGUUCUCAAGAUCUUCUUGGAGAACGUCAUUCGCGAUGCUGUCACCUACACCGAACACGCUAGGAGAAAGACGGUGACCGCCAUGGAUGUGGUUUAUGCACUGAAGAGGCAGGGCAGGACUUUGUAUGGAUUUGGCGUAUUGAACUCAACUGCAAAGAUACGAUUUGAAGAAUUUCCAUUGUUUGUGGUAUUAAAGAGUCCUACAUAUUGGCUUUGCAUUAGCAUGGCUGAAAUCUACAGAUUGAGAGAUGACAAAGGCUUUGCCAUGGCCGCUACGAACAAGAUCGAGAUGAAUUUGGGGUGUAUUGGAGAUGGAUAA